AUGUCGCAUAUAACAAAGUCUAAACCCAUUACAUACUCCAAUGCGGUACGGGCAUUCAACGAUAGAGAUGUUCAAGAGGAUAUCAAGGACGCGUGCAGGAGACUCGCUCAGGCGAUGAGCACUUUGGUGGAGAGAUUCGACGCCAUCAUGAAGCAGAUGCAUACUAUCGACAUGAAAAGGCUUACUUCCCCUCUCAAACCGAGGUGGUGCGCGAUACGCAAGGAGUUUACAGAACUUCUAUGGCAAUAUCGCACCAACGCCGGCUUCAUCUCUGGACGCCUGAAACUGUUUUGUACCUCUGUUCUGCCCCUUGCUGCGCGAAAUAUUGAGGGGAGAUCACGACGGUCACAUGAGGAGUGCAUGCAAGUCCUGCAAUCAUUCAUGACCGUAAGAACUUUAUUUUUUUUACAACCAUUUCACAACCCGAAUCCCUCCCUCGUUUCAGAUAUCAGCAGAACAUGCUGCGUUAACGAGGUCACUCGUAGAACGUGCCAUGAGCAUUAUCCGAACUUGAAGGAUAUAUCAGACAGUUGUGCAUUUCGAACGGCGAAAUUUCCAACCCUGAUGUAUCGCAUAUUGUUUUUUCGACGUUUCGUAUAGUCGUGGGUUCUGGUCGAAGACCCGGAAGGUCAAAAAUCACGCAUCAGCGAUUACCAUUAGCCGAUGACCUGGCCAGUGUAACAAGGGCCUAUGAAGGACUGGAGAGAAAGCGGAACGAGGUUGCGCACGCCCAAUACGCCGCACAGCUCCGUCAUUCGGGAAAAGACUUCCUUUCGGGUGUUCAAACAACCCUCGCAACCCUGGUCUCUGAUGAUAUCCUAACAUUCGAGUCGGGUUUGAGCUUGUUUCUGGCUGUGUGGUCAAGGCUUCGGACGGACUGCAGUGAAAUAUUUCAUUGGUUACAGAACCCGUCUCCUCAAGCUAAAAUUCCAUUAGCCGUUAGCACGUACGCAGAGAGCAACCAUAGUCUAUAUGUGACUCUAGCGGGCGCGCUCGACACCCAUCACUCUGCACACACGGAAAUCAGUAGGCCCACUGAACGCCCGCGCCCAACUAUUGACACGCGCGCUUCGCCGUAUUACUACCUACUUUUUGCAUGGACCCACGGAGUAUCCUCGCCUCAGAUGGAUAUCUACCUCACACUUAUGAUCUUAGAACUCUGCAUUGUAUUACUAUAA